AUGACAUGAGGAGGAUGCCGGGGCCUGGGGAGGAGGCGGGCGGCCGGGGCGAGGUGGCCUGGGAGGUGGGGAAGCGUGACAGGGACGCGGGGGAGGAAGGGCGAGGGCGCAGGGGCGGCUGCCCUCCUGCUCCCCGCCAGCCACCCCCAUGCCACCCCCGGCCCGAGCCUGGGUCAGCCUCAGGCGGCCGAAGGGAAGGGCGUCCCUUGGGCAGGGAGGCGAUGACCGUCCUCAGGAGUGUGGCUGCCCCGCGCCUCGAGCCCUCGCACCCUGCUCCUCCGCCCCCAGCCCUGCCCCCGCUUGUUUCUUUCCUGCACGGGCAUGACUUGUAUAGGACACCCUUCCCGCCGGGGCACGCUCGUAAAACUCUUGACACUUCGGUUCCAUUAGUUUGACUGCUAGGAACAGAUGAUUUCCCUCUCUACUCGGGACAGCACUACACAAAUAAAUAAAAUAAGUGUUUUAUUUAGCGUUUAUGACAUUUUUAUGGUCCUAUCCACUCUGAGACUAAUCUGAGUUUUUAUACAGUAAGGAAAUAUGCUUUAAAUGACCUAAAACUGAACUAGUAUCAGUGUUACUAAGUUUAUUAAAAAAUGAGUUGUUUGAAAUUGCUUAUUGCUUUUAGUGAUAUUGUCUGAC